AUGGCUGUGUCAGCAGCAGAGAAUGAACAAACCUAUCAGGCAGUAAGUGAUUCUACGGACUGCAAUAGUCAUGCGAAACACAACGAGGAUGGGAAUGAGGGAAUGCUGAUGGAUAUUAGCGAAAUGAAGGCAACGGUGGAGGAUAAGAUGGAAACGAGGGAGUCGCUACAGGAUAUUAGCGAAAUGAAGGCAACGCUGAAGGAUAUGAGGGAAAUGAUGGCGUCGCUGAAGGAUAUUAGCGAAAUGAAGGCAACGCUGAAGGAUAUGAGGGAAAUGAUGGCGUCGCUGAAGGAUAUGAGGGAAAUGAAGGAGAUAGCUGAGACGAUUAAAUCGUUAGUACACUUGUUGCAGCGUGGCGUGUUACACAAAGACGUCGUUGCUCCAUGCGUGUUGAAAACGCCACAUCCGGAUGGUGGAGCAGGGACCUCACCGUCCGGUGGCGGUCAACAGCAGUUGUGUUCUGCUCCUCCACAAUUACAACAUGCCAGUUUACAAGCUCAGUCGGUAAAAAUACCCGAAACUUGUGUGGUUAAAAAAUCGCCUAAUUUAACGGCCCAUCAACAAGUGGUGUACAAUUCGCUGAUCUAUGUCCCUCGCAACUUCAAGGAGGCCAUUGACUGGUUGAUUGCCGUGAGGGGAGACGAUGCUGAGGGCAACUUGGCGGCAUUGGGCGCGGCGAUUUACGAUUUAUACGUACAUAUGUCAGGCAGAUCCACAGAGUGGUCAAAUCUAGAUAAAGCCAUACGCUUUUCUAUAGACUUCUUAGAGCAAGAGAAGCUUAAAAAGCAUCUGUAUGUAAAGAUGAUUCUGUUCCUCCUGGAUGAGCGUCUGCGGGUAACACCCAAUAUACUAACUACGACCGUUGUCUCCGAAGACGACACAAAGAACGAGAAUCACUACAAGUCUGCUUACAGUCCGCAGGCGACGUGGGAUCCGUUAUUUUCGGCUCAUCCGAAAACUAGCGCAUUAAUGUUGGAGUUGAUACAAGCCUUGGGUUACGUAGAGCCAGAAUGCCGCGCUGGCAUGACGGCUUCGUAUGUCGGAGAUGCCUUGGAAGGUUUUGAAGAGACAAUUAUCUUCCUUUACGAACUCGCUGGCUUCUGGGCGUUCUAUUGA